UAUUGCAAUAAGACGCCUGCCAAGGAGACCGUGCUAAAGCAACCACAUACAGACGUGUGUAAUUUAACAUCAAAGCUCUGGCGAAGAUACAUGUUUGGAAUGCGCUCCGCGACUGCCCGCGGUCUACAGGGUCCACAGUGUACUUCAUUCAUUCCAUCUCCGUCUGCGCUUUGCUAACACGAGGACGGGGAUGAGGAGGUGCAAGACUAUAUGACGCUGAUCAUCUACGGAUGGCCCUGGAGCACCUCCUCUGAUGACUGGUCCGCUCUACGACAGCGAGGCCAAGCCCACCGACUUUAGGUGUGAGACUUGCCGGUGGGUCGUCUAUAUAAACCCUGACACUUGCUGUCCAAGGUUUCACCACAAAAUUGUAGAUCCUUGCUUUGAGGUGCAAGCCUUCCAGUUUGGAAUAUACCAUUAAUUACACAAGAGCACAUAUCAGUUAACAUGUCACACGCCUGGGGAUAUGGACCAAGUAACGGUCCUGGUACAUGGGCAGAGGGCUUUCCUGUAGCCAACGGCCCAAGGCAGUCUCCAAUUGACAUCCUCCCAACAAAGGCCCAGUUUGACCCUUCUCUGAAGCCUCUCAAGCUGAAGUAUGAUCCCUCAAACUCAAAGGGCAUCCUCAACAACGGGCACUCCUUCCAGGUGGACUUUGUGGAUGAUGGAGACACUUCUACCCUGACUGGGGGCCCCAUCGCUGGCACCUACAGACUGAGGCAGUUCCACUUCCACUGGGGGGCCAGUGAUGAGCGGGGCUCUGAGCACACCGUCAAUGGGAUCAAUUUCCCCUGCGAGCUCCACCUGGUUCACUGGAACACCAAGUACCCCAGCUUUGGCGAAGCUGCCAGCCAACCGGACGGACUGGCUGUGGUGGGCGUGUUUCUAAAGAUUGGAGCUGCAAACCCUAGACUGCAGAAGGUCCUAGAUAGUCUGGAGGCUAUCAAAUCAAAGGGAAAGCAGACCACCUUUGCAAACUUUGACCCCAAAACCAUCCUGCCUGGCUCCCUGGACUACUGGACGUAUGAUGGCUCCCUGACCACACCCCCUCUGCUGGAGAGUGUCACCUGGAUUGUCCUCAAGGAGCCAAUCAGUGUCAGCCCUGCCCAGAUGGGGAAGUUCCGCAGCCUGCUGUUCUCAGGCGAAGGGGAGGCAGCCUGCUGCAUGGUGGACAACUAUCGCCCCCCGCAGCUGCUCAAGGGGCGCGUAGUUCGUGCCUCCUUCAAGUAAACGGCAGGUGAUCAGCGCACCCCUACCCCAUAACCUUUACCCCUGACCUCCUGUCCCCUGACCAUAGACCCCAUAACUCAGAAAACCUCCAGAUUAAACAUAUAAUACAUUUUAUGUAUCAAACUGCCAUCAUACUGAAGAUCUUUCUUCCAAUUUGAGCAAACCAACCAUUGCCUCAAUACAGCAGAAAAAAAGCACAACAAACCAGCAAUGCAAAAGAUAAAAGUCAGAGCCAGCCCAGAUUAAAGGUGCUGGGCGGUAUCCAGCAUCUCUCUCAAAUAAUCCCAGAUGAUGAUGGGUUUGGAUCACCCCAGAUUAACGUCAUUUAGCUGCCUCUGUCAGAGCAGAUGACAAAACAUUUUAUACAAUGCCUUGACUAUCCUAAAUGCAUUCCAGUGCAUUCCAUACUUAUUUUGUUGCUAUGAAUUGCAACUUCAUUGUAUUUUGUUUGUUUGUAUAAUGUGAGUGACCACAAACUAUCACCCAGUGCAUUAUUAUGUUGUUGCGUGAGUCAAACAUUUGAAGAAGAUUAGUAAGUGUUGCAACCAGUGCAUUACCCAACUCAUCAGAAUAAAAUUGCUGAAAUGCAUUGAAAGAGACCAAUGGAAUGUUAUCUUUAGCUUUUAGAAAUAUAACCUUUAAGAACAUUGAUGUCUUGUAUUAUGUUGUAACUUUUUAAAAGACCAUGGAUGAUUUUAAGACAGAGAAUUAUGAAUUGUUGUCAAAUUGUCGAUUUCUGUGCAAAUCUGUUGAAAAGUUGAAAAGAAUUUGACCAAUAAAAAAGUAUUUGAUGAUG